AUGAAUUAUGCCAAAAAAAUAUUAGAUGCAACAGUAUCAAUGGGAUUAAAAAAUAAAGACGAUGAGCUUUAUAUGUUAGAAGAAAAUGAAAUACAACCUAUGGCACUUGAUAGUGUUGUUAUUUCAGAAGUUGUCAAAGACAAUAUUAAAGAGAACCAUGGCAAUAGAGAAUUUGAUGUUGAUGCUUUGAUAGAUAGCUUUGAUAUUUGA